AGAAGACCCUCCAUUCCAUUAACAUAUGCUUCUUCUUUCGAUCAAAAUUCAGCUCCGCUUCUGUGGGCAAUCUAGUCUUCUCUCAUCACGAAUGGACAACAAUCAAACCAUUCCAAACCCCAUAAAAGCAGUCAGAGCUAUACGAAAAUCUACCGACACGAACACUAAGAGGAAAGCAAGAGCAAAACCCAACCCCGUUUAUCAGCAAGAGGAGGAAAUACGGCCUACAACAUCAAUCUCUUCAAAUAUUCCCAUCCUGAGUCGUGAUUUCUACCAGAUUGAUGCCCUUGAUCUGGCCCCUCGUUUGCUGGGGAAGCACCUCAAGAAGGACGACGUCGUCCUCCAGAUAACUGAGGUUGAAGCUUACAGGCCUAAUGACUCAGCUUGCCACGCUCGAUUUGGGAUCACUGCAAGGACAGCCCCUGUGUUUGGACCUGGGGGACAUGCGUAUGUUUACCUUUGCUACGGUCUUCAUACAAUGCUUAAUGUGGUAGCGGACAAAGAAGGAGUUGGUGCAGCUGUCCUCAUUCGUUCAUGUGCUCCAGUCAGUGGACUGGAAACCAUUCAGAAGCGGCGUGGUUUGAAAUCUGAGAAGCCUGUUCUUCUAGCUGGACCUGGAAAGGUUGGCCAAGCGUUAGGCAUUACAACAGAGUGGUCUAACCAUCAUCUUUUCGCACCAGGUGGUCUGGAACUCUUAGACGGACCAGAGCCAGAAAACAUACUUGUGGGGCCACGAGUUGGGAUAGAGUAUGCUACAGCGGAGCAUGUUACUGCACUGUGGAGAUUUGCAAUAGCAGGUUCUCCUUGGAUAAGUGCACCCAAAAACACCCUCAGACCUCCCUAAUUUGAAGUGUCUGAGAUAGGGUCACGUGUAUAUUAAAGUCGGACCACUUUCUGCUGUUUUUCUUAACUUGGGCAGUGACGGUGAGAAGUUUUAAUCUAAGAAAGCUUUGCUCCUCUACUAAUGUUAAAGAAGGAUUAGUUUAAGUGUAAUCAUGAAUGGCAAUAUCUCAGAACCUUUACGCAUAUUUUUGUUUAUUUAUUGUUCCAUUAAGUGGAAUAUGGUUUAAGUGUAAGGCCUCAAUUUCAGUG